UCCAUUUACCAUUUGAAUUAAUAAAAAAAAAAAAAGAAAAAACGGCUCUCGGACGGGAGCUGGCUCCUAUCGUUCACUUACAAGAGCCGGCUCUUUGAGCUGGCUCGUUCGCGACCGACACAUCACUAGUAGAGACACGUCACGUGUUACGUUUCAGGAAGUGUGGGCUCGACCACAGAAUAGAAACCGUUUCUGCUAGAAACACAGUGAAUAUCGGCCUUUCAGUGAGGAAACAAGUGUCAUACGUACGUUUUGUUUCAAGUGUCCUGCAAAUUUCAAGGGCUUUUUUUAUACAUUUUUCAGGAAGCUUGUGGGAGUUUCCUCGUCUGAGUUUGCUGCAGCAUCAAACAACGCCAGCUAGCUUCAACUAGAAGUGUUGACUUUCUUUUAGACUGGUGGGGCUCAUUGAGCAGAUUAACAGCUGUUUCCUCCUCUGCAAACACUACCGCUGCCUUCAGUGAGCGUUGAUCUCUCUGUACAGUAGCUAACAGAUUGAUGUUCACACUGUUUGGACUAUUGUUAUAUCACUGUAACGGUGUCUGAUCCACUGCUCGGCUUGUGAUGGCGUGGCAGUAGCUGCUGCCUCUUUGUCUGUGUGAUCCGUGUUUAAAGGACGAUGCAUGGAUAACACGGAUGUUACUCUUCUUAUAAAGUCACUACAAGGAACCAGAGGAGGAUCAACACCUUAUACUUGUCUCCACUGACAGCAGUGACAGCCAGCUGACACAGCUUCUCGCCCAGGUGUUGGACUGACUGGUGAUCAGCUGAUCAUGGAGGAUGAGAUGUUUGAGCAGAUCGUGUUCGUGUUUCACACCCUGGUGUCGUGGAUCGCAGCUGGUGCCAUGGUGUUUGGUGGGCUGGUCCCUUACAUCCCCCAGUACAGAGACAUCCGCAGGACCCAGAAUGCAGAGGGCUUCUCCACAUAUGUGUGUCUGGUCCUCCUGGUGGCUAACAUCCUGAGGAUACUCUUCAGAUUUGGCCGCUACUUCGAGACACUGCUGCUGUGGCAGAGCAUCAUCAUGAUCGCCACCAUGCUCAUCAUGCUGAACCUGUGCACCAACGUCCGCAUGGCCACUGAACUCAACACCAAGAGACGCGCCUUCAUAGACUUUGACUGGAGCUACUUCUGGUUGUGGAGUCGCUUCGUGGACUACAUGCAGUGCGUGCUGGCCUUCACGCUGAUGGCGGCCUACAUCACCUACCUCUUCCUGGACUCUGCGCUGUUCGUGGAGACCCUGGGCUUCCUGGCCGUCUUCACCGAGGCAAUGCUGGGCACGCCGCAGCUCUACUGCAACUAUCAGAACAAGUCCACAGAGGGAAUGAGCAUCAAGAUGGUGCUGAUGUGGACCAGCGGCGACACCUUUAAAACGGGCUACUUCCUGCUCACCCAGGCUCCUGUGCAGUUCUGGACAUGUGGCCUGCUGCAGGUCUUCGUGGACUUCACCAUCCUGUUCCAGGUCUACUACUACAGCCGCUACCCACAGAAACCAGUGUCCCACACUGUCUCCCACACCACCAGUGCCAAAGCCCUCUGAAAGCCCCUGCGAGCUCUCUGAGGACAUGUCAAGACCGGUGAGGAAGCACUUUCAGAGGCGCUGCGGACAUGUGUAAACACGCAUGAGUACCAAAGCACCUUGAGACGAUGCAGGCUGCUCACCCUCACCCUCACGUAUACAUAAAGACACAUGCACACCAAUAAAUAAGGCAUGAACUUACACAGACGCUCGAUGGUGUCGGUGUCUGCAGCGAUAUCUGAAGGACACUUGUUACAAACAGACAUUUUUUGUUUUAUUUAUCCUACUGACUUCUUCUCAGUGCGGCAGUAUGCUCGCGUCUCGGAAUGCAGACUAUACCCUCGAUUCAAUCUGUGCAUGUGGAGAAUAUUAUGCACAUACAUGAAUAUAUAUAUACAGUAAAUAACUGCAUAUGUAUGCACUGAGGUCUGUGCUCAAGGAAAACGUGGACCCGCUUUUCGUCGUCCACAUUAGCUGAUGAUUGUUGCAUGGACCCUCUGCCUUAAAACACACACGUUCAAACAAGGCUCGCCGCAUUACCAGCAAAAAUGUAUGAAUCAAUCAAAAAAAAAAAUCUUAAUAUAUAACAUCACUGAAUGUACAAGAUUGCAUUUCUUAUUUUGCUAUAUUUUUUUUUUCCAACACGGUGGAGAAAUGCUAGUCAGUCUACCACUUGUUGGACAGAUGGUUGCCGUGUGCUAUGACACACAGGCUCAAUCUUAUCUGGGAUAACGGAGGAAUCAAAUUGUAAGAAACUAGAGGCAAUCAGACUUUACCAAAAGAAGAAAACUGCUAAAGGCUUAAAGAUGCAAUGCAUCGGCUUUUAAAAAAAACAGAUGAUCAUAAACAUUAGUGGCCUUGAUGGUAAUGGGAUGAUGAGAAAAUCGAGCUUUGUAAAAGACAUAAGGGCGUUUUUUUGUCUUUAGUGUUACUGGAAGCAAAGAGGUGUUGGAAAAAUCCUAACCAGUGUUCAGGCUGGAGGCUGUCGAAAGGCCAAUGCCAAGAUUUUUGUACUGAAGCUGUUGCUGAUAUUUUAUAUAUAAUUUUGAUCAUUUUCAUUCCACAAAUUCCCAAAAAAAAGAGUUGAGGUGCAUUUAGACUGAACACAAAGCAAAUUUAAAGGGGAAAUCCACCCAAAUUAAGAACUCCAAUAUGUUGUUUCCAUGGCCAGGGAAAGUUCAAUGAAUAUUUGUGAACAUGAGCUUCUCUCUCUCAAAGCCAGAAACCAGCAAAGUAAGUCUCAAACUUGUGAUGUCAUAGGGUAUAAAGUCUGGAGCUGAUCCACAGACGAUGAAUGAGGGACUGAUUUUGUGGACAGAAUGUUUUUUUACCCAAAUGAGCUUGUGAGUUGUGAAACAGAAAAUGUUCCCAAAUACUCAGAUCAUUCCUCUGGGUGCUCUCAGUGUCAUCUAUAACACUCUCACUAUUCAUUGUCUAUGAAGCAGCUCCACACUUUAUACCCUAUGACUUUGAGUUUUCUCACUCUAGUUUUUAGAGAGAGUUGCUCAUAUUUACUAAUAUUUUUUUGGACUGCCUUGGACCAUAGGAAUAACAUGUAUGAAUUUUAAAAAUGGGCAUAGUUCUCCUUUAAGACAAAGCACAAUUGCAUGCAAAGUCAUUAACACAAGUGGGCGAGAAUGUGUUAUUGGCAGGGCGAAGGGAAGCAAGGAUGAGUCAUCCUGGGUUGAAAAUGUGUAAAUUUGAGCAAAAUCUGGCUUAUCCUGUGGGUUUAUGAAUCCACUUCUGGGAAAAGAGAGAAAGACUGGAGUAAAUAACAGAAAGGACUGGAGUUCCAGCCCGUUCUCAUACCCAGGGCGUCAAAUACCGAUGCUUUGUCACGGCCGUCGGCGUGUGAUACCGCCACACAUGGUACCCUUUAGCACCAGUAUGAGACACACCGGGCUUUCCAUUAACUACAAUGUAAACCCAUCCGCGGCAACAGUAAACACUCACAUAAAGAGCGCUGGGAGUGACUGUGACAUAGUUUAAUGAGCAAAAAGACACACUAAAGCUGGGCGUACACUGUGUGAUUUUAGCCCGUUUCUGGCCCGAAUUUUGUCUGCCGUGCAGUGUAAUGGGGGGGGGGGUGAGGACCGAUGAACUCAUACCGACCGGCCGUCGGACAGUCGGAUGAAUUUCUGACGUCUGAAAUUUUGGUCGGUCGUCCACAGGCUCUCGCACAAAAAGAAGCAGAGCCACGAGCCGAUUUCCCGAACAUCAGUGCCUUUUUUCUACUUUUUUUUUACAGUAAUCAGAGCGUAGCUAUCAAGAUAACAACGUACCAGCUAUAGAUAUAGUAAAACAUAGCUAGCUUACCUCCAAUUCUCUCUGCCAUACACGUCUUAUAGCCACCUGCGAGUCCAUAAACGCCAGCACCUCUUUUUUUUUUUCUGACGUUGAUCAAGAUGAUCAAGGCAGCAUGUUUCUGUCUUGUUAGCAUUGUGAUCCGUACAGACCUCUGCUAGUAAACAAACCUUACCUGCUUUGGAGCUUUCAAACGUCCAACCAUGUAGUUCUUUUCUAAACCUAACUAGUGGUUUCGAUGCCGAAAAUAAAAUGACGCCAAGGGGCGUGACAAAGCAGCGGUAUGUGACGAGUUGGGAUGAGGACGUGUUGGGAGUUCUUACUGAGUUCUGAGAUUAGAAGUUGCAUUCUGAAUAACAUGGCGUAGAUACGGCAUUUUUUUUUGCAAUUGUGGCCAUCACUCCUAUCUGUAAGAAUAACAUUAUACAAACUAAAUUAAUUUCUGAGAUCUGGGAACGCAGCGACAUCGCUACAAAGAUCAGACAAUCUCAGAAAUGAUUUUUGGUGAGUAGAGUGGUUAUUAUUGCCAAUAGAAAUUCCAGCCAAUUUAUCCUUUUUAGAGAAAUUCAUUUUUUACAAACUGAUCCUCCUGAAUACAUUCAGCAAGAUCCCAUCUUCACUUCCCAUCAUGUUGGCUGCGGGUAACACUGACUGGCUGGUUUAUUAGUUAUAUUGCAAAUCCAAUAAGAUCCCCUGAUAUCCCUACUCAUGACUCCACAUCACUGUUGUGGUGCCGCUUUGGGCAGGUUGUACUCAUCACCAUUUUGUCGCAAGAAAUUAAUUUCCUGUCGAGAAGGAGAAGCAGCCACAUAACACACACACACACAGAAGAUUUUGUGUGUUAUUGUUGUUGCUUCGUAAUCUUUCUCUGAGGAGGGGAGAAAUGCCAAACCAGGAGGUGUCAGGACUGUCAGCCCUUCACUGAACUGUGUACCAGAGCAGACCUGAUUCUGUCCUCCUCUUGUAAGCCUCAAGAAAUAGAAACUUCCCCUUUAUUCCAAGGGGACGUGGCAGGAGUUUUCUAUAAAUAGUUCUUUCCUCGCCCUUAAAUAUACAAAAAAUAUAUAUGCGGUGGCUCCUUUGUUACUUAGUUGUGCACUUUUUGUGUUCACACCUGCUUAGUCACCCUAUUUGUUAUCUUUUUAUUUUUUAUAAAUCUUUAAAUGCCAGUGUAAGAUAAUGUAUGCCUGGUGAUUAUUCAGACAGAGGUGAGGGUGACUGUGUUGUAUGGAGAAUGUGUGAGGUUCUUGUUGUGCUCAACAGGAUCAAAAUGCCCUCAGUGUUUAUUUACUGUUUCAAUCCAUGUUUCUGAUUUUACUUCUUUUUUUACUUUGUGUUUUGUACCAUUUGGUUCAUUCAUGUUAUCAUGUGAAGGUAUUUUCCCCAUAGAACCUGCCAUGUUGUGCAUUGUCUUAUCUGUGAAACCCACACCUAGUUUGUUAAUGUACCAAAAAUAUACUUACCCGUAUGUUUUAUGCCAUUUUUACUAUGUUACAUUGUUGUUUCAUUUUUUUCUUUUGUACUGCCAAUCUCAAUAACUAGUGUCAACAUCCAUCAACACUUGAUUAAACACCAAGUAUAGUUGAGGAUCUAACGUGGCACUGUCACCCAAUAAAGAGGACACAGAGAGAA